CGGUCCUGUUCUGGCUGCUCGAAGGUGGAGGAGGCGUCGGUAGUACAGUAGCGGCGCGGAGCUGUGAGGUUUGAGCCGUCUUUGAAGUUGGGAGGCAGAGACCGCUCUGCUCCAACGCGCGAGCCCACGCACGCGCAGACACACAAACCGGCGAGGAGCGACUCACAAAGAGAGAGAGAGCGCGCGCGCGAGAGAGCGAGAGAGCUCCGGUUAUUCCUCCGGGCUCCGGCCGAGCCUGUGUGGUCUCUCCGCUCUGUUGCUAAGGAAAUGGAUGGCUCGAACGGCUCCGCGGUCCGGGAUGAAUCGUGCUCCUCGCCCCCUCAGAAGCCUGCCGUGUUUACCGGAAUCACUGCGAACACCGUGACGCGCCAGCUCUGCACCAGCCGGGCCCAGUGGAGCUGCAGCUGAGGAGCCGGGGAACUGGGGGAUUCUGACUGGCAGCUGGUGCACCACCAAAGGAGGGGAGGGAGGCGGCGGGGGUCCACGAGCAGCGGUGCCGGAGCGGGGUGAAUGCUGCCCGGAGACGACAACGGCUGAGGCGGCAGCGGCGUCGACUUGAAAAGCAGCAUGGCAUCCACGGGCAUGCAGAUAUUUGGAUUUGUCCUAGCUCUGCUGGGCAUCAUGGGCGCCAUGGUGGCCACUCUGCUGCCUAACUGGAAGGUGAGCGCAGAUGUGGGCUCCAACAUCAUCACAGCUAUCUCCCAGAUGCAGGGACUGUGGAUGGACUGCACAUGGUACAGCACAGGCAUGUUUAGUUGCACACUUAAGUAUUCAGUGCUUUCACUACCCGCAUACUUGCAGACUGCUCGCACCACUAUGGUGCUGUGCUGCGUACUGGCUGCCAUGGGCCUUUGCCUCGCCUCCCUGGGACUAAAAUGCACGCGCUGGGGAGGUGGACGGCGCUCCAAGCGACACGCCGCCAUCGCCAGUGGCGGCUGCUUCGUCGCUGCAGGCUUUCUGUGUCUGGUGCCUGCGUCUUGGUUUACCAACGAGGUCAUCACCAACUUCCUGGAUUCCAGCGUUCCCGAGAGCAAUAAGUUUGAGCCUGGAGGUGCCGUGUACGUUGCCUUUGUUUCCGCAGGUUUCCUCUUUGUGGGGGGGUCCAUUUUCUGUAUGUCCUGCUCGGGAAAGAGACACGGACCCCAGGAUCUGGUCCUGCUGCCCCCCCCUGACAAAUUGCUUCUCCAGCAGCAGCAACAACAGCUGCUUCAGCAGCAGCAGGAGCUCCAGCACCAGUACUGCUCUCUCUCCCCAUUAGACAAUAAGACGGGCUACAGCCUGCAGGACUACGUGUAAUAACGCAGUGCUGUGCACGCCAAAGGGAGACGAGCCCGAGGGGAAACAUCACGGCUACGCACUAGGAUCUACUCAAGGAUGGAGUUGGAGGGGGAAAAAAAAAAAGAGAGGAGAGCAACAACUUUGAAAUCACAUUUUUCCUUCUGCUCCAUCUUCUUUUUUCUGUUUUGCAAGCACAAGCAGUCGAGGUAUUCCCUGAGCAGCGCCUUGGAACAAACGGCGUGAAUGUGCAAGGAGCCAGGAUACCGGGAUAAGGUGCUGCAGAACUGACGGAAGCUGCCAACCAAACGCAGACAUCCUUCAUCAGUAAAUCACACAGAGUUCCCUGCGGAAUGAAUUAAGCAAAUAAGGAAGCCUUGAGUGGAGUUUUUUUUUCCUCGCCAAAGGUUUAAAUUGAAGGAAAAAACAUACGAUUAUUUAGCUGCUAUUUACAAUCGUUCAGUCCUUCCUCUCAUUUGAUAAAACAGGCAAUAUAAAGCCCAAGAGCAGUAGGUGGAAACCCUCACAUAGCAAGCCAUUGUAGUUUAUCCUAUGCUUGUCCACUAGAAUGCAACAUGGAAUUGACUAAUGAAAUAAAUGGGCAUAUUUUUGUUAGCUACUAGAAUGACGUUGAUAGUUUGCCUCUAAAGCAUGCUGUGUGGAGCCUGUGUACAAAUACAGCGGAAUGCCUGGUAGAAGACUGAGACAUAGCCACACAAUGCCUGUGCCUGAAAAGCUGUAGAAACAUUACCCUGCUGUAACUGUUCAAAGAGGACUGUCAGGAGGAGUAGAUGUGGGCUGCUGGGCUGGAUUUAAGAGAGAAAAUGCAGGCAAACAGAUGCCUGCGUCUCUCUCUGCAGGUGGAAAUAUGAGAGAGAUGGAGAGAAAUUGAAAAGAGCGUGAUCCAAUACUUCAGCAGCAGAGUGGACCAUCUCAUAUUUCCAUCCAAACAAAAACAGUCUGCCUGUAAGUAGCAGCUACCCAUCUCGAUCCAUCCCAGACGAUCACGCCCACACAUUUACACAUGCGCUUGUGCGUCUUCUCGUAUGCAGUAAACACUCCGACACGCCGGCUUUUUGCAUGUGCUUUUCUCUCCUGUCAUCCACCUCCACACUGCCAUGGAAACCGAAUUCAAGCAUUGUCUGGGGGUAUGUGCGUGUCAAUCAGUCAAGUUGUUUUAUUUUGAGUGGGCGGGUGGGUAGGGGGCAUCUUUUUCUCUUGCCAUGGCAUGCCAUAAGCUUUCAUCAGAGCCUCUGCUCACACUACUUUCACUAAUCCCCUUUAUUAACCAGUGACAUGAAGCAGAAGCCCUGGUCGGGGGGGGGGGGCUGGAAAAUGGCUCUUCUUUGUAACACACCCCUAUAUGGUGUCUAUGCCGUGCAUGCGGUCUCACAUGGAUGAACAGAUGUUUAAUGGUGCAGUGGCACAGAGGAAAAAACAAAGCAGAUAAGAGGAGGAAUCCUGAGUCACAGCCAACUGGGUAGUCGUGUGGCAAGAGGCUAAAAAUGAUUUGAGUCAUUCUCCAUAUGCGACUUGUUUUUCAAGUACGUCAGCAAUGCGCAUACACUACCAGCCUGCACCUGCAGAAGGGUCUCAGUGUCUUAAAUUUCAUCCACCAGACUGUCCUCGUUUACCUACCAGUCGCCCUCGUCUUUUUUUACUCCAUCUCCCCGUCCUGCUUGUGUCAGGAUAUGAUUCCUGACAAGAGAACACUGAUGCAUGUUGAAAGCAUGUCCUUCUGAGACGCACACAAACACGCACUCGUGUCAGUUUUGCAGCUACGCUUUCACAGUUACCGUGCGCUCUAUUUUCUGAGGUAAGAAGAUGGGAGGAAUAUUGUUUUUGUGCUUGAGACAGGCCUUGGCAGUGAUGUAUAGAACUGCACAUUCUCUCCUUCUCUCUCAUAAGAAUGCAGCUUCCUGGGGGAGAGCAGAUGGCUAAGCCCAGCUCGCCACCUGCAGGCUGCUGCCGGCACACCACGGGAUUCGCUGUGGGAGCUGCCGGUGGCCCCGCGGGGUUGUUUUUUUUGCCCCGCCCCGGUUUAGCCCUCUUGCCCAGCUCAGACUGCUCCCAAAGGAACUGGCCUCCUGACAACGACUCACUGCCCAGGCACCAUUACCAAUGCAAUAAACAAAGUAAAGAAUGUGCCAAGUCAUCAAGUAAUACUGACACGUUAUGUGUUUUGAGAAUGUGCCAAAUGGUCUCAUGAUGACACGUUUUAAUAAUAUCUGAAGUUCUUUUUGUUUAUUUUUUUAACAACUUGUUUGUACAUGAAUUCUACAUUAGCAAAUGUUUUAUGGAUUUGUGAUUCGUCCAAAUCAGCUGGAUGCUUGUGUACAGUCCGGUGCGGCUUUCGAGGGUUAUUUUAAAUCCUCUUUAUUCCUCAUUUCCCAAAGCACAGCGAGACGAAACAGGAGGAAGACGAGUGAAAAGUAAAUAACGCUUGUUUCAGGAAUUCCGGUUUACUGCAGGUCUGUGACAACUGUACACAAGCGUCUAGAUUUUUAAUACGUUUAGGUUUCCUACUGAAGGAUCGGGAUUCCUUCACACCGGUUCAGUAUAAGAUACACCACGCUCAUAUCAUAUCUUCUUUAUAAGAAGACUAGUCAGUGCACGUUUACGUUAUUUGACAGCAGUUCGGUUCAAAUGGCUGAGCAUUCAACCUCUCUGGACCAGGACAAGUACAUCACACAACUGGCACUCUGGAAAAAAGGGAAAGUCUUUUGGUCUGAUAUGAUUAUGCAGGGAAAAAAAUUAGCUAAAAAUCUCUCUUUUUUGUGGCUGUGCAGCUUGAUCAUCAGCACGUGAUUUCAUUAGCUUAUAAAUGGCCAGAGUGCAAAGUGACUAGGUCCUAAAAAGAGUUAAGCUCUCCUGCGUAUCCUGUACCAAGACGUUGAUUUAUGGUUUUGAUAACUGCAGCUUAUUUUUGUGGAUGCUUUAGCACUUCUUACUUUGCCAGAGCAUAUUUGUGAUGAUAAACAGUUCACAAGUUCUGAUACAGUUGUCUCAAUGUGCUUGUGCAAGUAGUUCUAUUUUUUACCAAUAAAACUAUUUUGUGAAAGCAGCGCGCCUGCUGGAUGUUGUGUGCUUUUAUGUGUGUGGCCGAUGGGGACGGCGAUAGCAUUCAUCUUCCUGCCAAAUGUACAGAUUGCUGGAUGGUACAGGCUGCGCAGCGUGCAGGAGAGAAGGCAGGCUGCUCGUAUGCAGCACCCACCAGUACAGCAGUGCGUCCAACAACAAGAAAAAAAAAAAGAAUUCUCUGAAAAUGGCACUUAAAGAAAGGGUUUUAUAAAGCUGCUCCCAAUCUCCUCCAGUUAUUUCUUAGUGAUAACAUGAGCGAAUACACGAAGGAAGCAAUAACGACACUUCUGGGAGUUGAAGGGAACGCGAGUUAUCCAAGUUGGCUGGUUUAUCUGGCACAAAGCGACGAGUUUAACGACAUGUAAACUCUUCUGCCAACUGGUGGAAAGAAGAACAUUUUUUGCCGCCUCUCUUUUUGGUAUUUUAUCACAUUUUUGCUAGAAAAAAAAGGAUCCUUAGACCAACUGAUCAAUCAGAUUAACUGAAAAUGGACUAGUUUACUCCUCCGCUGCAGACCACACUUCUUUGUCCCAGUUCUUUAAUAAUUAAUCAGUGCUAUGAAAUGGU